CGCUGGAACGGAGCCACCCGGAGCGCGUCUUCAGCUGGAUGACACAGGCGGCCUUGAGGAGAGCGGAAGGCAGCCCCUUGACGCCACUUCUAGAGGAGCCGUGGUGAUAAGGCCGCGCCCUCGCUCCACUCGGGGACGCUCCACUCGGCCACCUUCGGCGCGGAGUUGUGAUCCGCCACGGCUGCCUGCACAGUGAGUGUCCGCGCUCGCGCGAUGCCAAAGACGGUGCCAGCCCUCGCCCUGGCCGCGAUGUUGGCCGUGGGCCACUGCUGGACAGUGGGCACCGGCUAUCGCGCCGAUAUGGGGAUGCAGCUAGUCAACGGUUCCUGCCUUUUCGAGAACAUCACCAUUCCAGCCGGCGAGAGCCUACGCCAGGAGUCUCCCUGCCGGAGGGUCACCUGUAUCGAGCAUCACAAAGCAGUCUUCAUUCAAGAGUGCACGGCAUAUUACUGCCCGUCAGCGCAUUGCCGCAUGGAGUCCAAAGAAGGCCCUUACCCGACGUGCUGCCCAAUGCCUGUCUAUGUCGAGAACUGAGCGCCUACUAAGCGAAUCAUCGACACUGGCAUCACAGCGUAGCUGCAGGGCCAGCCCGUUAUUCUUGUAUAGUGACUGCCAUUGCAAAUGCCAGUUGUCAUUACUUUUGCUGAUGUCGCUAACUCAUCCUUUUUGUCGGAUAAUUCAUACCAUAAUAUAUAUUCCAGUGCCUACCGGCACCCUUUUUUACAUUAAACGGGUUACUAAUAUAGCUGAACCAACAGGAGAACAGAUCUGACAUCACAUCGCUUUUUCUUUUUUCUCUCUUCCUUCCCUUCUUACUCUCUCAAUCGAGUUUGAAUGUCCUGUAAAAAUCUAUAUAAAGUCAAAGAAUGACUGAAGUUAGUUACAACUUAUCGUUUUGUCCCCAUUGGCAACGUCCUCUUUUAUUUACUCAAGCUUUAUUCACUGUUGGUAGAACAUAAAUACAUACUUUGAAAUAAACGCAAUAGUUUUCCCUUUUUC